CAAAAGUCAAAUAUAUCCGUUAUAUAUAUCUCUGUAACAUCUGUCAAAAAUUAAUAUAAUCACAACAAUAUUUGUUUGUUUAAACAUUUACUAAAUUAGAAAGGAGAAACAAAUAGUAUCUCAAGAUGUCGGCGUCCUUAGACUCGGCCCUGGAUCCCAUGGAAGAGAUCAGGUUUCGCAAAAAGCACGGGGCCAUGUGGAUGGAAAUACAAAAAGAUACACACUUCACCUUUGACGAGUUGGAACAAAUUAUGGUGAUAUUUUUUAAAAUACAGAAACGAGACGAAAAACCCUCAGCUUCAGAUUUGAUUCCAAGAGGUCACUUCAGGGACGUGCUGCACACGGGCCUGGGCAUGACGGACGCGUACAUGAUGGAGCGCGUCAUGGUGGCGCUGGACCGAGGCACCUCCCCCUACGUCACCAUGGCCACCUUCGCCAAAGCCAUGUCUCUGUACUUGCGAGGAGAUUUGGAGGAACGUAUCACUUACGCUUUCACGUGUUACGACCUUUUGGGAGAAGGUUCAUUACGAAGGGAGACUAUGUACCAGUUGAUGAAGAAAAGCUUGUGCAAGGCAUCCAGAGAUGACGACGUUGAAGAGGCUGUAAAGGAGCUGGUAGACAUAAUGCUAAAACGCAUGGACAUGGAUCUGGACGGGGUGAUCAACUUCAAAGACUUCCACGACUGUGUGGUGAAGACGCCGUCUCUGUUGGAAGCCCUCGGCUACUGCGUGCCCGAACGUCCAGCCGUGUACUCGUUCAUAGCUACGUGGUGCCCGUCUUGGGGCAAGAUGUGAAUACUUAGAGAACUUUCCAGCAAUACCCGGACAAGAUCUGAAAAUUGUUAAAAUCUUGUAAUAUACACUACAACAUAAAUAAUUAAACUCAUCUUGCCACUUUACAGCCUGAAUUUAUACCUGGAUUGAAUUGUUAGAGCUCAAAUUUGCUUUAUGAAAAAUAGAAAAGCUUUAUGGGAAAGUUCAUUUCCUGCCCACGUCGUCAACUACGUUUGCCGCCUAAAAUGUGCAUUAUUUAAUUAUAUCUUGAAAAAUACUUUUUUAUUAAUAUUAUUCUUUCACUAAUGUUUCUAUAAUCGUCUGAAUUUUGUCCGGUAUUCUAUUACAUGUUAAUUUUGCUUGGCAAUCUUCUUUCUACACUCCAAUCGACUAAAUUCUGAAAGGAGUCUUUUUUUCUUAGUCAACCAGUCACACAGGAUAGUGAACUUAUUCACACAAUUAUACUUAUACAUUUUGUGAAUUAAAAUAUUGAUAAAAUUA